AUGUCUCUACUUCGGAAGCAUGCACAGGAUGAAACCAAAUUUGGGGAUUACCUCAGGGCAUUGGACUUUGCAGUUGAGAAACAAAGGCCCUUGCCAAGUUUGGAGAACAAGGUGCUUGAUAGAACUAUGUUGACCCAAUGCUUGGCUGAGAUUCGUCAACUUUGCAGCUUCCCAGUUCGCCCUGAGACAACCCCUCGCACUAGCAAGACCGUUUUUGAAGAGAAGCUGUCCAAGUGGGUGUCUUCCGAAGAACGGGAACCAACAGUUGUGGACUUUGAGUUGCUCUACAUGCGUGGGCAGAAUGGUGUGUUCACCGUUGCCAAGAUAACACCUUGCGGCCGCUUCCAACUGGAUGGCUAUGAGUUCUUGUGGAUGGCCACGGAUAUUUGGCGUCAACUGGGCAUGACCAUUUCCUUUGCCAGAUGGCAUGGCAGGAACUUGGACAUACUGCAAGAGCUGAGUGCCAAGUGGGAAGUUUCAGCAAUGCACGUUGUGAGGAGCACCACCUACAAGGGCGAGAACGAGGUGUCAACCCUGGCAGGUUUUCGCUACGAUGGCAUGACCACACUUGGCUUGUGCCAGGUCAUCGGAGCCCUUGCGCAAGUCCGAGGGCUGGCAGGAACUGUGCAGAGCAAGAUGCUGAAGAUUUUGCACGAAGCAUUGCGCUUUAGCCUUUUUCCCCAUGGUCUCAGCUUUCUUCCCGAUAUGAUCUUCAAAGUCGAGAAUGGCAUGACUUCUAUGAAGGACUGGCUGGUGCAAGUGCCUCGGAAAGAGAGAGCCUCUAUCAAAACCAGGUGGGAGAACACAGCAUGUCUCGGCCCAGUUCGUAUGAAUGCCAUGGGCACCUUUCAUGUUGCUGACCUGCUCUUCUUUUGGCUUCGGCAGCCUUGGGACUCUUUGCAGUCUGUUGAGGUCUCGCGCAUUCAGAAGCGUCUUGUUCACUUGUGUGCACAGGCAGCUGAGAUGGCCUUCCAUGCAAACAAGUUCCCUCUUUCAACUCAGCCGCCAGCCUUGCUCGCCAAUGACACUGCUGUGGAACUUAGCAACUGGACAGGAGGCAAGACCAGAUCUCAAGCGGCUGAGGAGUUGCGCUCUGAGCUCUUGCGUCGCUUCAUCGCACGCAGCACUGGCUUUGUGGCUGGCAUCAAGCACUCAGAGAACAAGGACCUCCAAGGCAUCAAUGAUGGUGCUGGCACUUCUAACAAUGCAGCAGCAGUGCAGGCAGCUGCACAGAUGUGCACUGCCUACUUUCUGAAAGCUUCGGCAGCAGUGAUGGACAAGAUGUCCGUGCAGAAGUUCAAGCAUUUGGCCUGCUACUAUGACUCGGCAACUGUCUGCCAUUUCAAUGUCCAAGAGAUUCACCUGAGUUGUGAUGGUCUGGUGGUGUCCGCUCCCCUGGCUUUGAUCCCCCAGCUGAAGCAACCCUUUGCAAAAACUUCGGCUGAGUGCUUGCAAGCCAUCCAGGACAUGGAGGUUGAAGCACCGCUUCACGAAAUUUCCAAGAAUGAUGCCAUGGCGAAGAAGAAAGAUUUGUGCCCGAAGGAGAAGGCGGCUUCCAGGGUCAAGAUCCUGGGCCUCAACCAGUCUUUGAAUUACCUUCUGCACUUGCAGCUUUCCGACUUGGAACCAGCGAUCAAGCUCCGACCUGCCAAAGACCAAGAAAAAAGGUGUUACUACACCGAUGGCAAUGGAAUCUCCAGAGCUUACUUGUGGAACGAGAUCACCAAGCAAACUGCAUGGCAAAGUUCCCAAGGCAUUGGGGACCACUUGGUGCGUUUGAGUUCCUUGACCGAUGAAGGUGAAUCUGCAGGCACUUUGUCGUUGAUGGGCGCAGGCCUGGCCAUUAUGGCCCACCGUGACAGCCAGCACAAGUGGUACAAUGAGCAGAAGUUGGCUGCAGCUGAAAACCCCAAGAUCGAUGAGGGAAUCAAAAGUGUUUGCCUUGUUCUGAGAUACGAGACGGCUCCCUGGCACAGUGGCAUGUUUGGGAGGAAGUUGAAGGACCUCUACACCCACGUUGCUGAACUCACCCUGCCCAGUGUCUUGCUGGACAUUUGCAUGCCUGGCAUCCUCGCAGACUUGCAGCUCCCUCCAGACACCACGCAGGAGACAGUGAGGUCCAUUUUGGUGGAGUUUGCAGAAUCAAAUGGCCGUAGCCUCCAUGCAGGUGUGCAAGGCGAUCACAAACUUGGCAGGUGGGGAGAUUUCGUCGACAGCUUCGCAAAGCUCAAGCGGCAGUGGCACAUUCGUCUUUUCAUGCUGUUGCUGGCAUGCUCUCUGGAAGGCACCAACCCCUGGGCAGCCAUUGCCGGAGCCUUCGAAGAUGAUUCUCAGUCCAUCACUCCACGAGUCCUUCGUGUGUUGGCGAAUCCAUGCUCUUUGGCGUGUGCAAAGUCGGCCUUCUAUUGCUUGUCACCUUUCCGUGACUUCCAAGCUUUGGAGGCCAGAGAUGACAAGCAGCCUGGUGGUUCGUAUGCAGUCCUGCGUUUUGUCGCCUUGCACUGGAGAGACCUCAUUCUCCGCAGCAUGCAGAGCGCCUUGUCAGCUGAGCAUCUCCAAGACAUUUGCUACUUUGAAUCUUCUGAGGAUAUCUUGACGGUCCACCUCAAGUUCCUUAUCUCAGUGGUGAAGCAGUUUGAUGAGUUUGCCCAAAUCUUCAGACAUUUUCCUUGGCGCUUCAGGCUCUUGACGGACGAUGUCCCUUCAGUCGUUGAGGAAACAGUGAAGGAAAUGGAGCUGGAGUGGCAAUUCCUGCUGAAACUUGAAGAGAACACAAAGCUACAUGGCAAGUACCCCGUGAACCAGAUGCCUUUCCUGAGGUGGUUCAUCUACCGCGAGUGCAUGACCGUUGCUGAGGAAGAAGGCUGGGUUGUCACCAGCAAAUUGGUGGAGUUGGCCAGAGCCUGGUUCGCAGACCCUUGCUCCACACUUGGCUGUGAGGAUUGCUUUCGAAACUUGCGCCUGGCCGAGGCCAGGCACCAAACAAACAAGGAAACCAGCCCCGAGAAGAUUCAAGCAUGUGCUAUCAAAGCUCUCAACGAGAGGUACUCCGAGUUCGAGCUUGCGGAGGUCAAGCCCUGCGAUUACCACGGUAUCCGCCCUGGCAUGUUCAUGAAAAGGAGCGUGUUUGAUUGCAGCCGUGCCAGCGCCUGUGACACUGGCAUCUCCAACUUCAACCAAAUCAUGAAAGUGACGACAGUGAGCCCACACCAUUUGAGUCGCAAGAGCCUUACCAUGUGGGAAGCCUACAAGGUGAACGAUGGCAAAACGGAGCACUGGUGGACAGCGCAGCUUUUGCGAUCUGGGCAGGUCCUGCACAUGCGGGAUGCCUAUUGGCUUGUGAUCGAUGCGCCCUACGUUCAGCUGAAGCUGUGGCCUUUGAACCUUGGAGAGGACAAGGAAGGCAAGACGACAGUUUCUCUCAGCGUGGAUGCGUGGCGCCUGGAGGCAGUGGUUUUGGAAGACCCACUGAGCGCUAGCAUUGCCCCCUACCAUGUUCAGAUGAGCUCUUCGGCUGAUGCGCACGCGGUGGAGCUGAUUUUGAGCACCUUGCAGCCACUGGUCAAUUUUGCACUUGAGAACUAUGCCCAUCGCGUCUUGGCCUAUGAAACCCAAGACUGUUUAAACAAUGAUGCAUCAUCAAGUGUCAUCGAUGCUGCAGAGAGCCCGGAGCGUGUGAAGGAGUGGCACAGUCCUGCAUAUGCAGACUCCCCCGUCAACAAGAAUGAUGGUUCCACGGACAUUUCUCUUGUGCCCUUGGUCGAAGACGAAAAGGAGGCAGCGAAGCUAGCCUACUAUGGGUAUCAUUUCCAUGAUGGUGAUGAUGCUGGUGCUUCGCCUACCUACCAUAAAGAGAAGGACAUGUGGGAACGCAAGUUCAAAGAACUUGGAUUGUUUCAGGAUGGCGCUCCCAGACUGACCGCGGAGGCCUUGAAAGGCUUGAUAUCGCUGUGCAAGAUUCAAGGUUGCUCAGGGAAUUGCACCAACAAGUUGAGGGUUGAACGGUUGCUUCAGCAUUUCCUCUACACGCCUGAGACCAUUUCGCGGAUCUUGGCCAAGUUCCCGAAAAAGGAGGAGGAUUUGAAUGAGGACAACCAUGACCAUGACAUGGAUGAUUUUGAUUCUCGCUGUGAAGCAGCUGAGCUUGCUCGGCUGCUUGACGCCAUGGAGAAAAGGAAUUGUUCGCCAGAGCCAGAGCCCCCAGCUAAAAAGCAGAAAAGGGAAGAGACGAAGGAAGACCAUGGAGAGUUCACACAAGUAGAUGUGAAACCAGACUUUUCGGGUGAAAAAGUUCCCCCGCGUUGCACCCUGAAGGUGCACCAGGGACAUGGAAGUCCCUACGUACAGGGUGUCUUACCUGCUGGUUUCAAGUACAAAGGUUACAAUUCGCACUCCCGCUCGUAUGAUCCCGAUUUGGGUUCUGCUUGUGGCAGCAGCAGCAGCAGUGGCAGUAAGAGAGCCCUCUUGACCGAACAAGCGGCCAAGACCCAGGGAGGCCUGAUGCAUUUCCUGGAGCCUACUCUGGGCUUUGUUUGGGGCGAGCCCAUCAAGCCCAUCAAGGUGAAAGCUGCCUCAUCCGCCGGUGCGGCAGCGGCCGCGGCGGCCAGGGGGCACGGCCCAGAAAAAUCUGCCGAGGACGCAGGCCGCGCGGCCUACAGCACUGCCAUGGCCGUUGGCAUGGUUUCACACAAGGCCGCUUGGCAGGCCGCCGAGGCGGCAGCCUUCGCUGCCUUUGAAGCCGCUGGGAGCGACAAUGAAGCUGCCGCAUUCAAGGGAGCCUGCAAAGCUGCGGAGCUGGCGGGUUUGCAAGUGCGCGAGGCUCAGGAGGCAGCUCAGUCAAGCGCCCGCUUGGCUGCACGCAAAGCGGAGCAGCGGCAGAGGGCGCAGGUAGCACAAGCAGCGCAAGCGGCGGCAGAAGCUGUUCCGGCAGGCGCUGACAGGGCGGAGGCUGCCGCCAAGGCCGCGGCGGGCGAAGCGGCCAAGCUGGGCUUGACGGCAGAAGCGCAAGGCGAGGUGGCCAUGAAAGCCGCUGUGGAGAUCACGUGGAAGGACGGCCUCGGUGCCAAAAAAUCACUGGAGGAAGCGGCCAAGGAGGCAGCUGUUUGGGGCGUGGUUUUGCAGGGGCAGCUGCUGCCAGAGUUGCAGGCGAAAGGAAAGAGAGAGCAGCGGCCACUGGGCCGCCAAUGGGAUGUGUUCAGUCUGGAUGUUGCCGAUGCGAAAUCCAUCGGGAUGUGUUCUGGAAUUUUUGAGGGACCCAUGAGGAAGUGGCUGCUGCCGCCUGUGGUGAGGCUGCGGAAAGAAAGUUCCGCCAAUGUUGUGGCAGUCGCCACUGCUGCAGCUAGUGGUGCAGGGGCCAGCAAGGAGAGGGCCGAAGCCCUGGGCGUGGCCGCGGGAAAACAUCUGCAGGAGCGGCUGCAGCACCGCGCACAGCUCGCAGCACGUGACGCUGCCGAGAAAGCAGCCAAGGCAGCCAUUGAUGACGGAAAGCCACAGGAAGCUUCACAGUCGGCUGCACAGGCCGCUCAGGAAGCUGCAAAAGCCGCAGGCGUUGACAAGGAGAAGGCCGCCGAGCUCAGCGCGCUGCUGGCGGGUGAGGCGGCCGCAGAAGUGGCCAAGAUCAGCCGGGAUGAAGUGCAGGAAGCGGCGAUGGAAGCUAGCAAAGCUGUUGUGAAGACUGGUGAAGAUGCCAAGUUACCCACAGAGAAGCUGGCCCAAGCCGCUGGAGAGGCUGCCAGCAAAGCCGCGGUGGAGGCUGCGAUCGCAGCAGGUGUAUCUGCAGAUCGGGCCGCCGAGGAAGCUGGCAAGGCCACGGCAGAAGCUGCCAUGAGAGUUGGCAUCUCUGAGCAGAACGCUGCCAAGUUGGCUGCUGCAGCCGCUGGGCAGGCGGCCCAAAGCAUGCUUGGCAGCAGCGGGGCAGCGGCGGCUGCAGCUGCAGCGGCAGCAAAGGCGGCAGGGCUUCAGCAGGAGGAGGCGGCCGAGGCGGCUGUGAAGGCCGCUGCUACUGCGGUGCAGCAGCAAGCAUUGCCCACG